AUGGACUACGUGCUGUUACCAAAGAUUGAGCUACAUGCCCACCUGACUGGAAGUGUUUCCCGUCCAACAUUACACGAGAUUUGGAAAAGGAAGAAAGCGUCAGGCCAAACUGAUCUAGAAGACCCGCGGGUAGUCAUGCCCGAGGGCAAACACGACUAUAACCUUCAGACUUUCUUCCCACUCUUCAGCAGCUACAUCUACAAUCUUCUCACGGACGAAGAAUCGAUCCGCUACGCGAUAAAUAGUGUGCUACAAGACUUCCUGGCCGACGGCGUUGUGUAUCUAGAGCUGCGCACCACUCCGCGAUCCACAACCACCAUGUCUGCAGAGGCGUACAUCACAGUCCUCCUCGGCGCUAUUGAAGAGUUUGAAUCGCUUCACCCCCAACUGCAUACUCGUCUGAUAUUGUCUAUCGAUCGCCGCCAUUCCAUUCGUACGGCAGAAUCUAUCCUCGACCUCGCAAUUCGUCUACAAGACACAAAUAAGUGCGGCGUUGUCGGCAUCGACUUGUGCGGAGAUCCCACUGCUCGUCCCGGGGGAGAAGUUGCCGUGUUCACUCCCGUCUUUGAGCAGGCCUCUAGAGCCGGGUUGGGGAUUACUGUUCAUUUUGCAGAAGCAGAGGCCAGUGGAUCUCACGAUGAGCUCCGCACGCUGCUUUCUUGGAAUCCCGGCCGAUUGGGACAUGUAAUAUGGGAGGACGAGGAAGCUAGGAAGGUAAUUGUAGAAAGGGAACUGUGCCUGGAGCUCUGUCUGAGCUGCAAUGUGCAGGCGGAAAUGGUCCAUGGGGGGUUUGAAGGCCACCACUUUGGGCAUUGGAAGGGCGUCAAGGGCCCCAAGAUUUCGCUAGCGAUCCUUGAAUGGGCCUUUGGGAAGCGCAUGACGCCGGCUGAGCGUCUACGCAAGAACCAGCGAAUGCUCGACAAGGCGAUCCGAGAACUCGACCAAACGCGCGUCAAGCUGGAGAAGCAGGAGAAGACGCUGAUACAGCAGAUCAAGACCAGCGCCAAGAACGGGCAGAUGGGCGCUUGCAAGAUCCAGGCCAAGGACUUGGUCCGCACGAGGCGGUAUAUCGAAAAGUUCUUUUCAAUGCGCAGCCAACUACAAAAGAUCUCAUUACGGCUCCAGACGUACCGAACGAACGAACAAAUGAUGCAAGCUAUGAAAGGGGCCACGAUGGCCCUGGGGAGUAUGAACAAGUCAAUGAACUUACCCCAGCUUCAGCGAAUCGCCAUGGAGUUUGAACGAGAAAACGACAUCAUGGAGCAGAGGCAGGAGAUGAUGGAUGAUGCCGUCGACGAUGCCAUGGAUGUUGGUGUCGAAGAAGAGGGCGAUGAAGUGGUCGAACAAGUCUUGGAAGAAAUCGGCAUUGAUUUCAACCAAUCCCUUGGGGAGACACCAACGGCCAUAGGCAACCCUGCUAUUGCGGAAGGCAAAAUUGCACAGGCUGUUGGCGGAGGGAGUGGUGGUGACCCAGUUGAUGAUGACCUUCAGGCCCGACUUGAUAGUCUGAAGAAGUAA